AUGGACGAUGUCAAACAUCCUGCUAUCAACAUAUGGACGUUCUUUGCCCUAGCCGCGCUCGACAUUGCAGCAAACGCCGCCGCAGGUCCAGCUGCAGUAGCUACGGCCGCCCAUGUCAAUGGAAGUCCACUGACAGCGCGAGCAAUGCAGAUCGGCGCCAUCGCCGGCGUCACUAAGUCGGGCGUGUUGGCCUUUGUCGAGUUCGUGGGAUAUGCGGGCUUGCCUACGCCCGCUUGGAUACUUCUAGUGUUGGUGGCGAGUAGCUUUGGGGUCUGCGUCUUGAUCACGGCGGAGGUUAGCAAUCUGGUCCUUGGAGACACACCGAGCCCGUUGCUUAUUGCGGCUGUCGUUGCUGCUAUUCCCCUCGCAGGAGAAUGUAUUGGGAUUUAUCAAUCGGCUGGGGGGCUACAAGGCGGCAACCCUUCGAGCCAACUUUGUAUCAUAGGGUUUGAUGCUCUAGGAGGAUACGUUUUUGCGCGUAUGGCGCACAAUGGAGGCUAUGAUAUCUGUCCCUAUAACGUUGCAGCUGCCGCUGGAGCCGUAUACGGUGUCAUCACUGGGUUCUUCCAUACCAUCAUUGGGUGUAUGGCUGGUUUCACCUCGUAUGAGAGUGUGAAUGGCCAUUAUACCGUGCGGAAUGUCUUUGGAGAGACCCAAGGGUAUAAUCCUAAUUGGAACAGCAACUUAGCAUGA